CCCACAUCACUUCCUGGAGACUAGCUGAAUCCGGAAGUGAUCCCCGAGAACCGAGUUGCCGCAGAGGACCCCGCGGCCGGCGCAGGUUCGGGACCAUGAGCUGGAUUCCUUUCAAGAUUGGGCAGCCCAAGAAACAGAUUGUUCCCAAAACAGUGGAGAGAGACUUUGAAAGGGAGUAUGGAAAACUCCAGCAGCUGGAAGAACAAACCAGGCGCCUGCAGAAGGACAUGAAGAAAAGUACCGAUGCCGACCUGGCCAUGUCAAAAUCUGCUGUGAAGAUCUCUCUGGACCUACUCUCCAACCCCCUCUGUGAACAGGACCAGGACUUUCUGAACAUGGUGACAGCCCUAGACACAGCCAUGAAGCGGAUGGAUGCCUUCAACCAGGAGAAGGUGAACCAGAUUCAAAAGACAGUGAUUGAACCCUUGAAAAAGUUUGGCAGUGUGUUCCCAAGCCUCAAUAUGGCGGUGAAACGGCGGGAGCAGGCCUUGCAGGACUACAGGAGGCUACAGGCCAAAGUGGAGAAAUAUGAGGAAAAGGAGAAGACGGGCCCGGUGCUGGCCAAGCUCCACCAGGCCCGAGAAGAGCUGCGGCCUGUGCGGGAGGACUUUGAGGCCAAGAACAAACAGCUCCUGGAUGAGAUGCCACGGUUCUAUGGCAGCCGACUCGACUACUUCCAGCCCAGCUUUGAGUCCCUGAUCCGGGCACAGGUCGUGUACUACUCAGAAAUGCAUAAGAUCUUUGGAGACCUGACCCAGCAGCUUGACCAGCCAGGCCACUCGGAUGAACAGCGGGAGCGGGAGAAUGAGACCAAACUAAGUGAGCUCAGAGCUCUCUCCAUCGUGGCUGAUGACUGAGCUGUCUCUCAGGAGUCCUCAAGACUCCUUGGGACACAGACAACUUCUCUAUAGGCUUUGCCCUUAGCUGGCACGGAUUCAUGGUUCUCCCAUUGGUCAGCAGGUUAGACAGAAAUGGCCCCUACUCUGCCUUGCCAGUCAUUUGACCUAAAUCAGGAGCCACAAACAGGCUACUGUUUCCCCCCAUUCACAACACAGGCAAGCAGUGUAAAGAAACCCCAGGGGCUUUUUUACUUCCAGAAGAACCGUCCAGUGUGCUUUGAUCUCUGGCCAGAGGGAGCUUCAGCCUUUAGAAGCUGGUCUUCCUAGGCAGCUGAGGGGGUCUGAGCCCUGCUUGCAUGGUGGGUACAUCUACCUCCAGAUAACUACCCUAGGGAACCCACCAGACCCUCAUGGCUCAUUUCUGACUCAUGUUGGGUAAGGCACAGUGCCCCUGGGAGCAAGAGAGCAGUAUCUUCCAGCUGUGAUGGACCCCUAAUGCCAUCACAACCAAAACUGGUACCCUGCUGAUCCAGUACAAGCACAAGCCCCAGGUGUUCAGCUUUCCCUAGAACUGUGACUACUUUCAACUGUCUGCUAUACAGAAUGUCAAAUGUUGAUACACUGACCUCAAGGCUUGUGUCUCACCUGUUGGAAUGUUAUUUUUUCAAGUAAAGUUUCCAAUAAAACACUUAGUGUGCUGUAACUGACA